UCGGAGUUCCUGUUCGUUUGGGAUGCGGCUGCGGGAACAGAUAACUAAUGGGUGCUUAAUAAAGAGAGUGAUGCAUUCUUGAUUCUAAACUUGUAGUGCUCUGUAGUUAUCCCUUGCCUUGAUGUGUUGGACAAACUGAUACAUGCUGCUUAGCAUCAGGAGGCUGGGCACAGGUGGAGAGUGAAAGGUCAGCCUUUGCUGUGGCCUGUAGCUGGAGGCCCAUUUCACCAUGGCCCUGACUCUUGAAACAGAAUCCCAGAUCUACCGCUCUCUCAGGGCUGUCUUUGGUGCUGCUGCACACUUCGUCUCACUUGGAUUUACAGUCUUUGUAGCUGUGGUUGCCAGACCUGGAUCAAGUCUGUUCUCCUGGCAUCCUCUCUUAAUGUCUCUAGCGUUUUCCUUCUUGAUGACGGAAGCCCUGCUGGCCUUUUCUCCAGAGAGCUCCCUGCUUCAGCCAUUCUCCCGCAAGGCCAAGAUCCGCUUCCACUGGGUUUUGCAGCUGCUUGCCCUCAUAUGUGCAGUGUUGGGUGUGGCAUUCAUCAGUUACAACAAGUACAUUAAUGGGAAGGCCCACUUUGCCACCUGGCACAGCCUGACUGGCUUGCUGACUGUAUUAUACGCAAGCAUGCAGUGCAUGGGUGGCCUGGCUCUGUUGUAUCCAAAGCUGAUGAAGAACUGGACGCUGGCCAAACUGAAACUCUACCAUGCCACAUCUGGGCUGAUUGGGUACCUACUGGGCUGUGCCAGUUUGAUGCUGGGCAUGUGUUCUCUGUGGUUCACCACAUCUGUGACAGGAGUGUCCUGGUAUCUGGCCAUGCUGAGCCCUGUUCUUACCAGCCUGGUUAUCAUGAGCCAGGUGAGCAAUGCUUACCUCUACCGCAAAAGAAUUCAGCCGUGAAGGCCAUCCUGGAACAAACACCCUGAGACCCCUUGAUGAUUUCCUGCAUUGCCUUUGAAUCCAUGGUCCGGCAAGACACUAAAACUGGAAAUCUCUUUUUACUUGCCUGUUGCUUUGAAUGGUAUUUUAUAAUACAUAUUUCUGAUACUGCAAAUGCCCAUAAUGUUGAACCAAGGUCUUUGCAGCUCCAGUAUCCAAGCAGUAUUUCCUUCUGUGUGAAUAUCUCUGGAGAUAUGUCAUUAAAAAGGCCUAGCUGGAAUCUGCUGCUGCUGCUGGAAGACCAAUGUACUCACUGCUCAGGCAGUUCUCUCUGCAGCCAAUGGCAUCUAAAUGAAUCCCAUCCAACAGACAGAUGUACAACUCAGCCUCUGCUCCUCCUCCUUACUGGUAAAGCACUUGGGCUGCAUUGGUGGAAAACCAGUAGAAACUUGUAACAUUUCUUCUGGGUGAGGAAAGUGAUGGAAAGGGCUGGUAUCUCCCUUUUCAAGCAUUUUUUAUAAGUAAGAAUGAGGUUUUUAAAAAUUACAUAGCUGAUAUGCUUUAUGGAGUGGGCAUCUUCUCACCUGCAUAGGGAAAAACUAUGUAAUAUGUGUUAGUCAGAGACUAACUUUAAGAAAAGCUCUUUUGUGAGUGGGAAUUUAGAACCAAAAAAGUGGCAGAGUAAAAAAGGAGUGCGCCACACUUACACCACCCAACAUCCCCCCCCCGCCCCACUCAAUAUGAUCCCAUCAGUUCUUCUCUCCUCCCCUGGGAAUUCAGAUGCAUCUUUGCAUGUUACAUGCAGAUAGCUUCUCAGCCUCCAUCAAUUUAAAGUGUUAAAAGGAGUUGUGAUGGGAAAGGACACUGUGACACAGAUGCCUUUUUCCCUGAAUCAAACAGAAGCCCAGUGGCACAUUUAAAAGCUAACAGCAUUUAUUGCAGGAUUAAACUAUUGAGCAUUUCAUCUGAUGCAUGGAAUGUACAAUGUACACCCAUUAGGCAAGAUCUAGGUCCAAUAUCAAGGGAGUUUUGACUCUCAAAAGUUCAUACCAUGGAAAUCUAGUUGGUCUUUAAGGUGCUAUCUUGCUCUUCGAUUGCAGACCAAUACGGCUGUCCACCUGAAACUAUCCAUUAGGCAGAUACAUUUAUACUUAAAGCUUACAAGCAACAGAAAGGUUGUGGAUUCAGUUACUCUGCUGAACUUUACGAAGUCAGCAGAAGCUGUUUCGCUUACAACAGUAAAGUGUCUAUCAGGAGAAGUCUGUAGGUUAGAGCAGAUCAGUUAUUGCAUGGCUGGAGGAUGACAGAGUGGACAUGGAGAGCCUUUUGCACAAACCUUUAGUACUAAGGUUUAUCUUAAAUAGGGAUUAGGAGCUGCAGGGAUAAAUUUGUGAUCAUUUGUCCAGUUACAUGGGAGUUGAAGGGACUUCCUUCCAAGUAAACAUGCAUAAGAAUUCCAAUUAAUUAUUGUGUCUUCUGUGCAGUUCCAUCUGGGAACUGCUAAUGCACAGUUCCCAUGUGGGACUGCACAGAAGAACACUUUAUGAAUAACAGUUAAAGGUAGGUGAACCCGGUUGUCUUUGCGCGUCUCUUAACUUCCUCCUCUCAGGUUGCUGUAAUCACUGUUUUGGUGAGAUUUUACUGCACAGUGUACAGUAAGACUUCUUCCUUGGUGUGUGCUUAACAAUUGUACAAAAGACUCACUCUAGGUUAGUCAACUGAAAUAUUUAAUCUGGUAUGAAUGCCGCCAAUGUUAGUACAGUCUCCAGUCUGGUUAAAGAGAGCUGGUCUGGGAUCAUAUGUUCAUACCCAUUCAAGGCAGGCAAGACGGGAUAAACUAAUUCAUUAGUUCUACACAUUUAAGGUUUCUUUAGUGCUUGAAUCUACACUCCCAUGUUGAAGAAGAACCUUAACUUCAUUUUACAGGCAGCUGAACAAAGGAUGUGCAGUGGCCAGCAGUAGCAACAUGGGUAAAAUAAAGGAUGUUUGUCUAAUCACACCACCAACAAAACUAAAAUGCACAAAGAAUUCUCCUUUCUAACAUGCUUCCCUACAAGCUGAGAGCAACUUGAGCAAAAUGACUAUAAUGAUGUCUAAGCAUCCGGCCCUGCAUACAUGCAUAGUCAUUGCUAGUAUUAAUCUACAAACCAAUCCCCACAUGGAAGAGCUUUCUGUAUCAGGCUCUUGCAACACAUAUUGGGUUCCUCAGGCAAACUUCUGUAGUUUAGGCCAGAUGAGCUGUUGGUUGAUGAGUACUACGAUGGACAUUGUUCUCUCCACUGCUCUGUUAAGGCACUAAUCAGGAUGAGGCUCAACCACAAUAGCUUCCUUCUCUAUUUUUGUGUUCUCAGGAUAGCCAGCAGCUUGUCCUCUACUUUGCGUUUUGUUUAAAGCAUGUUAGAGCAUUUACAGUAGGAGGCUAGGAUUUUCUCUUAGGAGAUGAUGUCAAGGGAAAAAAUCGCUUAUUUUGCUUUCCUGAUUCUCAGGGGAGAAGGGAGAAUGACUCCCUUUAUGAAGUGGGAAGAAAAAGUGCAGGGAUGAGUCCCUUGUUUAAUGAGAAAGAAAUACCACAGGUGCGUGGAAGAAAGUGAUGAAACGUUGGCCUUAAUCAUUGGCUAAAAUGACUCAUGAUUAAAUUACACUGAAACCAGUGGAACAAUAUGACCUGCUAGAGAACUCUUGCUUCAACAGACCUACUCUCAAGCUAUUUGGAAGUAAGUCUUACUGAGUUCUGCAGUGAUUACAUCUUUAGUCUGUAUAACUUUAGCUGUAUUUUGGCCCAUGAUUGUACUUCGUCCCUUUAAAUAAAUGACUGGGUAUUCAGAAUGAAACCAGUUCCCUAAAUAAUAAAAAUGCCAGUCAAGAAUAUAUCACUAAAUAGGGCAGUGCCAGAGGGUUUUAUGGUGAAUAUCUUUUAUCAAUGGUGUAUAAAUGUCAGUAAUAUAUCUUUGACAUCCUGUGUGCUAGUAUUUGCUUCAGCACACAAGUAUAUAGCAUUAUAGAAAGGUCCUGCCAGUCUGAGAGAAAGGUAUCCAGUUAUCUUUAACACAGGAAUUAGGAGUGAAAUCCGUUCAUUGCCAAGUGAAGAAGGGAAGUACACUAUGAGAGCAGUGCUUUCCUCCCCAGCAGAGAUGUACCUAAUAGGUCAGUAGGGAUGAUUGAAAAGGACAACCCGUUUCUAUUAGUUUAUAAAGCCCUCAUGUGCACUGCAGUUACUGAAACAUGUUGUGCUCCAAGCCUGAACCCCCUCCCCAGACAAAAAUGGUUGUUUGCGUUAAGCUGUUUGAUGGUCUUUCUGCAGGGCAGGUGAACCUGUCACAGAGCCUGAACAAGAAAUGACCUGUGUCCGAGAGUGCUCUGUUUAUGUAAAGUUUGCAGACAGUAGCAGUGAUUCUGGCAUGUUGUCAUCUUGUCCAUUUUAAUUCUCUUGUGAUCCACUAGGUAUGUUACUGAGAUAUGGGAGAAUGCAACAUCCUCAACUAGAAGGGGGUUUCAAACUCUUACAAAAGUGUAACAGCCCCUUAGAGAACAAUUUCUGUUCUGUGUAUCUGCUUUAACAAUUCAAGAAUUACGCCAUCAAUGCAUCUCACAUAUACUCUGCACCUUAAGGCCUGCAGCAAGCAUUAGUUGAAGAAUAGCUUUCAUCAGGCACUUUGAUAUCAAGAAAUAAUUUGACAGAUGAAGAUGAAUAGUAAUCAUCCUGGGUUUAGGCUUGAUGACCGAUGCAUUCACAUAUAACAGUUCCUAAGGCUCUGUUGCACUAUAAGCAGAGGUAAGGCUGCUAACUAUUAAGUAUUUUUCCUGCUCAUUCAGUAUUCUUGCCUUUGGUUCACUAUCAGGAAUGUUGAAUAAACUAGAUAU